CUCCAGUCCAUGCUUUGCUCCCUCUGAGGGCUAAGCUAAGCUAGUUCAAAACUGCCCCGCUAAUCCGUGAUCUGCUGCCGUUAUUACGGUUCCGAUCCUGACGUCACCAACCGAGCGGAACGUUUCAUUAUCCUGUACGCACUCGUGCAAUAUAAGUAAUAUUGCACUGGGAAUAACACUAACGUUAACUCGGCCCUACAAAAAACGACUAGCAACAAAUCUUAGCUAACGCUAACGGUUAGCUUUGCAGCCAAAAUGGCGGACAACGAGGAUGACAGCGGUUCGAUGGGAACAAUAACUCAGUCUCCCGCCGUUAUAUGUUUCCAGUCUGAGGGAGCUCACAACACUGAGCCUCCGGAUGAUGUGGCGACUUCAGCCAGUGGUGAGAGCGCUCAGCCCGCGGAAGGCGUACAGAAUGUGGUUGUAGCUGAGGAUACUCAGCCCGAGGACAGUUUACACAGUGUGGCCGGAGCUGAGGGUGCUCAGCCCGCGGAAAAUUUACAGAGUGUGGACGGAGCUGAGGCUGGUCCGCCCGGAGACAGUUUACAGAGUAUGACCGGAGUUGAGGGUGCUCAGCCCGAGUACGGUUCACAAAUUGUGAUGGAAGCAGAGAGCGCUAUCUGCGGAGACAGUUCAGAAAGCGUUGCCGGAGCUGAGGGCGCACUCUGCGCGGACAGUUCAGUAUCAGGAUCUGGAACUCAGCUGGUGGACUUUUUAGAAAGAGGCCUGGAAGAACAAAACAUCAUUGUGGGCUCAGAAAUUAGCGGUCUAGGUCCUGACCUGGCCAACACCACAAUAAUUUACGUUCAGCCGGAUGGCACCUUGUUAGACGGUUCUGGACUGACGGCCGAAGAGCAGCAGGCUCUGUUGGAGCAGCUCGCUAAGCAACAACUGAUCCAGGUCUCAGACACCGAGGCCGCACAGCUUCUCCAGCAGAACCAAAUCAACAAAAACGAGCCCAACAAAACCACCACGGUCCAGAAUACGGCUUUGGACCCGAGUCAGCUGCAGCAGGUCAUCAACCAAGUGACCAAGUCCAAACAACAACAAGUUCAAGACCAAGUCCUACAGCCAAAGCAGGUACCUCCUCAAGUUCAUGUUGAGAUUCCUCAGCAGAAACAGGCACAGACUCCACAGCUGAUCCAAGUGCAGGUCCCCCAGCAGGUCCAGGUCCAGGUUCCACAGCAGACACUGACCAAUGCCUCCCAGCAACUGAAGAGUGUAGCCCAGCAAGUCGCCAUGCAGACCAGUGGUACCGUUCAGGUGGUCCAAAAAAAGUUGGAGCCCGUCAGGAUUCAGAUCCAGGUUCCUCCCAAACAGGAAACUAAGUCCAGUCCCACUCAACAAAAAAAAAUUAUAACUGUAAAUCAACCGCAGGUGAAGCUAUCAGCCAAUGGCAGCAUGAACAGCACUCAGAUUAUCCACCUGCAGCCUGUGGUUGGUCAGCAGGGACAGCAGUUCUUUCUACAGCAGAAUCCAGGCGACCCACCUAUUCAGCUAGUGCUACAGGGACCAACCCCAGUAAUAGGCUCUGUUGUCCCAUUGGUUCACAAGGUAACAAGCCCGACUACAUCAACAUCCACAGCCUCUGGUCCAAAACCUGCUGUGACCCCUUCCACCUUCGGCACCACACCCACCACUCCUACUGUCAGUGUCCCGAUUAUUAAAAGCCCUGGUAACAAAACCAUAACAGCCAUUAGUAAAACUCCUGUUAAACCACUGGCUCUCAACACGGCAGCACCUGCACAGACGGCCACACCCACUGCUGUGGCCACGCCUCCUGCAGCGCCAAAGCCCUCGGCAGCACCAGCAGUUAAGGACAAGGAAAAAGGAAAGGAAGAAAAAAGAAAGUUAAAGAAACGAGAUAAGAAGUUAGUGAAGGUUCAGACCAGAUCUGGUCGAGUCUCUAGACCUCCAAAGUACAAAGCUAAAGACUACAUGUUCAUAAAGACAGAGGAUCUGGCAGAGAGCCACCAGUCGGACUCUGAUGAUUACUCGGACAUGAGUGUGGAGGAAGAAGAGGGGGAGAAGGAUGGUAAGAAAAAGGACGGCUCCUCUCCCACACUCACAUACAGCCACAAAUCCCGGUGCCACCGCUGUCAGACAUGUGAUAAGGCCUACAUUGGGCCAGGAGGCCUGAAUCGUCACUACAAGCUGAACCCCAGCCACGGAGACCCGGUGCCCCUUGAUGAUCAGCCUAGCAACACACAGAAAGAUACCAGCCAAUCACAGGAGACAACAGUCACAGAGGAGGACAAGCCAGCUGCCAUGGCAACAAACAGGGUGGAAGCUGGUCCAGCGGCACCUCUAGGGCUAAGGGCCCUUCAUCACAGAGGCCCUGGCCGGCCCCGGGGUCGAGGCAGAGGACGGGGUAGGGGAAGGGGUCGUGGCCGACCAUUUGUGCCACCACCUAAGAUGACCGGCCUUGUCAGCAGGCGGGGACGCAGGGGUCGACCUCCUAAGCUCACUGUGACAUUGGAACAACAGAUUGAAAGGAGACGUGAGCGACUCCAGGAGCUGGUGGACCAGUGUGAUGAUGAGGAGCUGAUGGACAUCACUCUUCCUCGUUUGACCAAAGUGCUGAGUCUGUGGGAGCUGCUGCUGGCAAAGGUGGAGGGCGGCGGACCAGCUCGGACUCGAUUUCCUGACAUUUACCGUGAGUACGAAUCCUUGCAGGCUCAGGUGAAACAAGCUGCCCAGGAUUAUAUUGUCAGCCCACAUGCUGGAGCUACACCUCUGGAGGUUACAAAUAUUGAGGUUGCAAGGUCUCUGGGGAUCCUGGAUGAGGUGAACAAAAUGAAGGUUGUUCCUGGAGCAUCUCCUGCCCCUAGUUUGCCCACUAAGAACGUCCGAUACAUGGAGAAUUCUAAGAUGCUUCCUCCAUCAAAGAGAUUCAAGAUGGAGAACAGUGUUUCAGUUCAGCAGAAUGGGUUUGAGUCCAAUGGAACAGGUACACAAACCUUGACCUCUGUCACCCCUGGCACCUCUGUUACCACACCUCUGAAGUCCUGCUCUGUCUCUGUGUCCCCUCUUAUUAUACCAGAAGGAUCCAAAGAGGUGGUGUCCACCAAUACUUCUUCCAGCAGCUCCUCUGUUAAGACUCCAGCCCCUGACACAGCAAUGGAGGUCAGUCCUGCUGAGGAACCAGUGAAACAGGUGGCUAUGGAGGUGCCUUCCCAGUCGGGUGCACAGUUGGAGUCUGUUCCUGCAAACCAGGACCAGGAUACAGUCCAGGCCCUAAGCAGUUCCAAUGUGGAUGCUCAAACUAAGGAACCCAAAGACAUUAAAACUCCAGAUCCUGAGUCUGGACCUGUCCACACACAUGGUUUAAUCCAAAAAAAUGAAUCAAGCAAAACAGAUAUUUCUGAGGCCAAAGAGCUUCAGGAGGGACAAGAGAUCUACAUCCAGACAGAAGGGUUAACUGUCCAACUGGCAGAACCUGGAACUGAGCAGAUUGUCAUUGUCAAUGGUCCAGAUGGAACAACCAUGCACAUCCAGAAUCCUGAAGGUGUUCCUCUGGAGGCAGUCCAGGCCUUACUGGGAAUCGAGUCAUCGGACAGAACCAGAGAUUCUCAGUAAACUCUGAAGAGUACAGUGAGGGAUCAGGACUAGGAACUGCACCUACAUAUGGAGGUUAUCUUUUGAACCCAGAACUUUGGCUGAGCAGCUCUUGUUAGUCUUAUGUUGUUGUCUUCUAUUUUAUUUAGAGAAAUAUUUAAACACAAAAACUAUCCAGCUCUUUUGUGUAACCUGAUCAAUACUCAUUGAUCAAUAAACAGUCACGUUGUGUUCCCACUGGGUUUCCAACGCUUUGAUUAGUUUAGUUUCUCCUCUUCAUUGAUGUCAUUGUUGGUUUUAAGUGACCUGUAAAUUUGUAAACAGUUUGUUUAUAUGUAGAUAAGUCGAAAAACAAAAUUUAAAAAGUGGAAAACUAUUUUAUUACUUUUUAUAAACAUUGAUGUCAAACGUAUUGAUCACUGAACACAUUUCAUGUUUGUCCAAUAAACUUAAACAGUAUGCUGAA